CAAAUAGAUCAGUUGUUUGUAUUUAACUACAUGUACCAAAAGUAAGAUUGUUAUAAUAAAAGAAAGAAUGGAUCUCACAGAUCUUGAGGAUUUAUCAGGGACGGCUCAAUUUUCCGAAAAGGAAAUAGAAGAUUUGCAAAAAUCACCAACAUUUAAUCAGCUUCAGGCUAAACUGACGCUCACUUCUGAGCAGGUACCUUGUCAGCAACUGGAAAAUGAUCUGCGUGAAGCUUUCAAUCUACUGGACUACACUGGUGAAGGGAAAAUAAAAGCUGAAGAUUUUCGUGUUGCUAUUAAAGCUCUCGGCUAUGAACCAACCAAAGAGGAGCUGCAACAAAUGGUGCAAGGCGUUGAUAAAGGAGACACAGGGAAGCUUAGUUUUGAGAACUUUGAAACGGCAAUAAUGAGAAAAAUCAUGUCACAAGACAGCGAUGGAGACAUAAUGAAAAGCUUCCGCCUAUUUGAUAUAGAUGACAGUGGUCUCAUAAGUUUUGAAAACGUGAAAGAAGUCACUCAAAUCCUUGGAACUUAUUUGACUGAUGAGGAAAUAGAGGAGAUGAUUGACGAUGCUGACAAAGACUACGAUGGCUUUAUUUCUGUAUCCGAGUUCAUGAGGAUGAUCAAAAAUUGUGUUAAUAUUGUUACUCCUUAAUAAUAAUGUAGUACGAUUAAAUAAAUAAAAACUACUAAG